AUGCGCACCAUGCACCACAAACACAGUCUCGGGCGAUGCAUGGCCCACAUACUCAAAUGGCUGCAAAUUUGUGCCAGCCUCCUUGUUGUAUGUUGCAAAAGCCCAGUCGACAGCCGCAUCGAUGCUGGCAGGUGCACCACUUCCAACAGCAAGAAGUUGCUGGUACAAACGGCCAAGCGCGGGCACAGACAUGACGCCGUGGAAGCGCGCAAAAGUGCGUGCGAACUCUGGGCCGUCAAACACAUGAAGCGCUGGGGCGCGCGUGGCGGCCGAGAGAAAGUGCGCAAAGAUGGUCGAGUGCUGCAAAUCCAGGGCGCGCGAGUCCACUGCACUCACCACUGGGCGACCGGCAGCACGGGCGGCAGCCACCGCACCCGCGUAGCUGGACACAUAAGUGCUCAGCUCCACAUCAUAGUCGACUGCGCUCACAUGCAAGCAGAUCGGACCCCGGGGCAGGGGCUUGCUAAAACUGGGUUGCAUUGUACGACACCGCAUUUGGCAGCCCAACACGGCCGUAGUAGGGGCACCGUUGCGCGCAUACCCCAAGAGAGCAUGCGCAGCGCCCGUGCGGGGCUCGAGCCGAUGCAAAGGAGGCACGGCGCCUACAGCAUUAGGGCGGCGAUACUGUUGCGCCCAAAGCUGCAAUUCCCCAUCCACAAAGUUUUCGGCGCCCAAACUUUCAAAGGAGAAAAUGGUGCUGGCCAAAGAAUAGAUGGUUUGGCUGAUAAUGGUCGAGGCAGAAGAAUAUACGGUCUGCUUCAAAGAAGCAGGAUCAGAAGAAAGCCCAAAGGGGCCCUCUGA